AUGAGAAAAUUAAACAGUUUAUCAUUGGCAAGAAGAUUCUUGAGCCAUUAUCAUCCAAGCCAUUCAAUCCGAUCGGAAGGACAGCACAAAAAGUUUUUUCAUUUAAAUUUAGGAACCUUGGCAGUAUAUUCAAAGGAGAGUGGACAUCGCCAUGACACUUCUUGUUCGAGCGUUCAUCGUCAAGAAAAUCCCGAAAUUGAAGAAGAAGCACCAAUUAUCAAGCUUCAAAAAAUUCAGCAAGAGCAGACGAAUACAAAAUCCAAACCAACACCCAUAGACAAUAUUGCCAAUAAGGUGAUUUUUGAUACGGUUGAUAUUUCAAAAAUUACCAAAGAAGAAUUUAAUGUGACCAUGACUAAUCUACGGGAGCAAUUACGAGCAAUUAAUCCAGAACAAUAUUCUCUUGCACUUCUUCAAAAAGAUAUAGAUAGUGUAAAUAUUUGCACUAUAUUAUACUGUUUGAACGCAGAAUGGGCCACAAUUAAGGAUCACACAAAAUCACAGACAACAGGAAGUCUUCGACUUGCAUGGUGGAAAGAUCAGCUAAAGAAUGCUCUUGUCGGUCACCCACCAAGAGUGCCGGCAUUGAUUGCACUGGCCUACAUGCAAUCACAUGCAAAACCUGAAAACAAAUUGAAAUUUUCUCAUUUACGAAACAUUUUUAAAUGGAGAGAAAUUGACCUUCGUUGGAAACAACCAGCCACAUUGGCAGAUAUUGAAAAUUAUUCUGAUGGAGUGUACGGAUCUUUGAUUAUGGCUCAUCUACAGGCUGUUGGUAAACGAAAUGUUCAUACCGAUCAUGUUGCUUCACAUGUUGGACGAUCAUAUGGAAUAUGUACGUUGUUAAGAGCAGUACCUCAUCUGGCUGAACACAGCUCUACGUAUCUACCUGCUCAGCUGUGCGCAAAAUUUGGAGUAACAGAAGAUGACAUUUACUCCAAACGAGCAUCGCCAGCCCUUGAGGAAGUCGUUUUUAAGGUAGCUGACUUGGCUCAUUCACAUUUAGAUUUGGCGAGAGAAUUGGCAGUUCUGAAAGACGAAAAAUCGCAACAGUUACUUGUGGAUCCAAAGUCAUAUCCAUUAUUUAUGCAUUCAAUCAUUUGUGAAGUAUUUCUAGAACGUCUCCAAAAAGCAAAUUUCAAUAUUUUUGAUGACCGACUCUCGGCUCAAAGCAUGCGAUUUUCAAUUCUUUUCAAACUUGGAAAGACCAAGUGGUUUGGAAAAUAUUAA